AUGUCAAUCAUCCAGCUAGUGAAUUCGUGGCCCAACACCGACAUCGCCGCAGAAGAGAUGAGUAAUCUUAUGUCGAACCCCGAUCACCCCGACGAUUCGGUGGGCAAACGCCUCGAUGGAGACGAUCCCUUGUUGGUAUUAGACCUCGGUCACGAGGUUGUCAACAUAUUCAUCACGCUGCCCGCUGCUAUUCCUGAAGCACCCGUCGAAGGGUCAGGGUGGGAACCGGUGGCGAUCAAUCGGUUUUGGAAUGGACCCGAAAGCCCUUUUGAAGCCCGCGGCGGCGUCGAGUACAUCCGUCCUGAUAUCCAAAUUCCCCAACUGCGAAAGACGGUGAUGAUCCGUCAGGAGUAUAAAGAUCUUUGGGCCCACAUGGCCUUGGAUCCCUCACUGGAGAAUCUUGUAGUCAUCGGCCACCCCGGAAUAGGAAAAACCCUUUUCCUCUGGGCGACGCUGCUUAAGUGCCUCUUCGAGCGUCGCCCGGUCUAUUUUUCCGACAUCUCCAUCUAUCAUGCGUCAUUUAUGGGCGGUGGCUUCAAACGAGUGGAUGGUAACUACUCCCCGCCGCCUGAGACGUUGGCUCUGGUCGAUGCUUACGUGGGCGUUGGAGAACUUUCUACUAGACUGGUCUCGAACACGACUAUCCUCUCCAGCUCCCCUCAAGAACAUCGUUAUCAGGAAUUUCAGAAGCUGAUGAGUGCGAACUUCUGGGUAAUGAAGCUAUGGAAUGAGAAGGAGAUCUUCCUACUUGGGUCGUUCCCAAAGGAAUUUUAUUCUCCGGUGGAGAUUAUGCGGCUUCUCGGACCCUGCGCUCGGACGUGCGUUCGGCGUAUCCGGCGGACUUCCCGGGGGCCCGAGAUAGAUAUCGGUGAAGCUGUGGAUGCACCCUGGCUUGCCCGCAAUCUUAUCGUCCCCGCUCCCAACUUCCUCGUCGAAGGGUAUCACAACCACUUCUUCAUGCAGCCCACCGAUACAGGACGCCGGACUUCAAUGUCUUUAAAAGCCGUGGCCGAAUGCAUCAUCCCCACCAACUUCCUCUUCCUUCGCGUCAUGAAAGUUAUCAUGGAAAGCGGACUCGCUAAUCGCGAACAGAUGUUCAGAGCUCUCAGACAUCUAUCAGCCAUCUCCGGAUACGCUUUCGAGACCUUGGCCCUCACCUGGUGUAUUUCAGACCACCUCCUCUGCCAGAUCGACGGAGAGAAGGACUUCAAGCUUUCUGAUGUGAAAGCCUACUCUUUCGACGACUUGUCUAUUCUUCGCAACCCACCGGACUCCAGCCUGAUGUUCGUCUGUCCCGAGAACUUUUCGACGGUCGACGCUUUUGUCGUGAGCGCGGACCGCUCCCAUGUCACAUUCCUCCAGGUUACCAUCGCCACCAGACACACUUUGAAACAAGGCGGUAUUAGUCAAGUCCUCCUGAAGUUACUCGAGCACGGUCUUUCGUUCACGCAGGAGACACGCUUCUCGUUCAUCUUUGUCGUCCCCAAGGACGCCCACGGCCGGGUGCUUGCAAAUCACUUCAACGGGGCCAAGGGAUUCUCCCAAUAUUCUCCAGAGAAGAGGACCCGCAGUGAACCUGCGGGGAAGUACCAAAUCGAGGUCGGGUACGCCGUUGCAGCGGAGCGCAUCUUUCGUGGGCACCAGCAGUUUGCAGGGGACCUCGACAUCAGCCUGUUCCCGCGCUCGGCCUUGAUUGAAACGGAGGCUAUGGAGGAGUAG